AGGAGCCGAGUCGGGUCUGAACUCAGUCCACAUUUCACGGAGGGCUGUCAGCACCGGGACGCUACGAGCGGGGUGUGAAUCGGCGCGUUAGUCCUCUGAGCCAUACGAGAAUAGAAGGAGGAUCCCCGGGGAGCAGCACGCAGCCGGCCGGGGGCACAUGGAAACGCUAUGUCGCUGGAAGUACGGCGGCGGACUUAAUCACAGUUUCACUCGAGAGGAGGCGAAGUGAGCCGCGAGAUAAACAUGCUCACCCCGAUGCUGGCCUCCCUGCUGCCUCUCCUGCUUCUCUGUCGGAUUUCUGUUGGCCAGUACUCCAGCGACCAGUGCAGCUGGAAGGGCAGCGGUCUGACUCACGAAGGCCACGCCAGGGAUGUGGAGCAGGUGUACUUGCGUUGCUCCCAGGGCUCUCUGGAGUGGCUCUAUCCCACUGGGGCCAUCAUCGUCAACCUCCGGCCCAACACGGUCUCGUCGGCCGCCGCCCGCCUCUCCGUCUGCAUCAAACCCUCCGCGGACUCCAGGGGCACCAACAUCUACCUGGACCGCAACGGCAAGCUGCGGCUGCUGCUGCGCGAACAGGACCAAGCUCAGGGCAAGGUGCAGUGCUUCAGCAUCCGGGAGGGGGCGCUCUUCAUCGAGGCCGUCCCGCACACGGACAUCAGCCGCCGGAUCACGGCGUUCCAGUACGAGCUGGUCAGCGACAGGCUGGGACCAGAGGCGCACUCGCUGGGCGCACCCUGUCAGCCCUGCACCGACGCCGAGAUGCUUCUAGCAGUCUGCACCAAUGACUUUGUGGCACGGGGCAGCAUUAAGAAGGUGGAGCAGGAGGAGGAGCACUCGUCUGUCACGGUGGAGAUCAGCCGCCUCUACAGACAGAAGACCCAGGUCUUUGUAUCUGGAGGCGUGAGGGUACGGAGCUGGACCGGCCACAUCAAGAUGCCCCUUCAGUGCGGGGUGAGGUCUGGCGAGGGCGAGUUCCUCUUCACGGGGACGGUGAGGUUUGGUGAGGCCUGGAUGGGCUGCGCUCCACGUUACAAAGACUUCCUGCGGCUGUAUCAUGAGGCGCAGCAGCGGGGGACCAACCCCUGUCAUGUGGAUACUGACUGAGUGUGUUACCUGCCCACGCUUGGAAACAGGACAAGUCCUCACUGGGUGGGGAGGAGGUGAACCAAGUGUGCAUGCUGAGGAGAGAAAGAGGCCGACAGACUGGCCCGGUGACAGAGCCUCUCUCCUCUCCCUCUGUCUCGUGACUCUAUGGAGACAAACAAUGGGGCUCCUGAAUGUUGCCAAGCAGCGUGCUGGAUGGGCUCUGUUCUCCGAGCCGAGCGCGACUCAACGUGGAAUGUGUUCAGACUGCCUUUUUUUCCGCAGACCAGGAACUCCCAGGUUAUAAAUGUAGCAAAAACCCCAUUCGGUUUUUCUUUUAUGUGUAUAAAAUGUGAAUGAACAUUGUAUAUUUUGAAGCUCUGCGUGCUUUGUAAAAAGCUUGAUGUACAGUUCUGAAGUUAUUUCUUAUGACAGAAAUGUAAAAAGUGAAAGCGUCUUAUUUUUAUUUUGUUUAAAAAAAAAGAUUCACAAUUUAAUGCCUGAAUUCACGUGUUUUUUCAGGUUGUACAGUUGUAAAAAAAAACAAAACAAAAACAAAAACAAACCAAAAGAAGAAAAAUCUUGUUUUUUUGCCCCUGAGAAUAAAAGCUUUUAUUCC